GCACAGGCGGGCAUUUGAUUGUAUUUGCUGUAUCGCGCAGAGAGCUGUUGUGCUAGUGGAGAAGGCUAUUUUCGUCGUUUCGAAGUAAUAUUUAGUUUUAACAGUAACGCCAACAUGGAUGACAAGAUGGAUAUGUCCCUCGAUGAUAUCAUCAAACAGAAUAAGCAACUGCGGGGCGCUGGUGGCCGUGGCGGCAGAGGCGGCCGUGGACGGGGAGCCGCCGCGGGCGGCGGGCGAGGAGGCGGCAUCGGCCGCUUCGGCAGCAGCGGAGGCUUUGGGGGCCGCGGCGGUGCAAGCGGCCCUAUGCGGAAUCGACAGAACCUGAACCGGGGAAGAAGCAGACCAACGCCGUACAGCAGGCCAAAACAGCUCCCAGACAAGUGGCAACAUGACCUGUUUGACAACGGCUUUGGCAGCAAUGCUGGUAGCAUCACGUCUGGCGCAGGCAUGGAGACUGGAGGAAAACUGCUGGUUUCCAACCUGGACUUUGGUGUGUCUGAUGCAGACAUUCAGGAGCUCUUUGCGGAGUUCGGAACGUUAAAGAAGGCGGCAGUACAUUACGACCGGUCAGGGCGCAGCUUGGGGACAGCAGACGUCCAUUUUGAGCGAAAAGCAGAUGCCUUGAAAGCCAUGAAGCAGUACAAUGGAGUCCCUCUUGAUGGUCGACCGAUGAACAUUCAGCUCGUCACGUCACAGAUAGACGCACAGAGAAGAACCCCGAUGCAGGGGCUGAAUCUUGGAGGUGGCAUGAACAAGACCAGGGGUGGUGGAUUUGUUGGAGCUCAGAGGCGGGGUGCCCGCGGUGGCACCAGGGGUCGUGGCAGAGGCGCAAGGAACAACUCCAGACAGCAGCUGUCAGCAGAAGAGCUUGAUGCCCAGCUAGAUGCCUAUAAUGCCAGGAUGGAUACUAGUUAAGAUGUUGCCUGUCUGGUCCUGACCGGCACCUUCGCCAGUGUGAUGUGUGGGCAAAGGAGAACCCUGCAGUUGGAGGACUUCAGUCCAUUGUCAUAAGAUAUUUUACAACUUUUUUUGGUUUUAAUUCAUGUACCAGUUUAAUUUUAUUUCUUUUAUUCAAGUUUUUGUACCUUUUUUGAAAAAAGCACUGGUCAAACUGUUGGUUUGAUGGAGUAGGGCAUGUGUGCCUGUUCCCUCUGUCAGUGUAAUAAACCUGCAGGUUAUUAACCA